CUAGCUAGCCCAAAGUUUUUAAGGGAAGCAAAUGGGUUGUCUAGUAGUUUUGCUACUUUUUACACUUGUCACUUGUUCAGUAUGUGAGACCUUCUUUGAAGAACGCUUUGAUGAUGGUUGGCGGAACAGAUGGGUGAAGUCUGAGUGGAAAAGCAGUGAAGGAAAAGCAGGCACAUUUAAGCACACAGCCGGCAAUUGGCCUGGUGAUCCUGAUGACAGAGGUCUUCAGACAACAAGUGAUGCCAAACAUUUUGCUCUCUCUGCAAAGAUACCGGAAUUUAGCAAUAAAAACACAACACUGGUUGUACAGUAUUCUAUAAAGUUUGAGCAGGAUAUUGAAUGUGGAGGAGGUUACAUAAAGCUUCUCUCUGGAUAUGUCAAUCAGAAGAAAUUCGGGGGAGACACCCCAUACAGUUUUAUGUUUGGACCAGAUAUAUGUGGUACACAGACGAAGAAACUUCAUGUUAUACUUUCCUACCAAGGCCAGAAUUACCCCAUCAAGAAGGAAUUAGAAUGUGAAACAGACAAAUUAACACAUUUCUACACGUUCAUUCUUAGACCUGAUGCAUCAUACAGCAUCUGGAUUGAUGGUCGAGAAAGAGAUUCUGGAAGUAUGUACACAGACUGGGACAUACUUCCUCCCCGCAAAAUUAAGGCUGUAAAUGCGAAAAAGCCUACUGACUGGGAUGAUAGGGAAUAUAUAGAAGAUCCAAAUGAUGACAAACCUGAGGGAUAUGAUUCUAUUCCGAGAGAGAUUCCUGACCGGAAAGCUAAAAAGCCUAUUAACUGGGAUGACGAAGAUGAUGGUAUGUGGAAGGCACCCAAAGUACCUAAUCCAGCAUACCGGGGUGCAUGGAAAAGGAAGAAAAUUAAGAACCCCAAUUAUAAAGGGAAAUGGAAGAUCCCCUGGAUUGAUAAUCCAGAAUUUGAAGAUGAUCCUGAUCUCUACGUGCUGAAGCCAAUCAAAUAUGUUGGUAUUGAAGUUUGGCAGGUAAAGGCUGGUUCUAUUUUUGAUAACAUUCUGAUUGGCGAUGAUCCAGAUUAUGCAAAACAAGUGAUUCAGGAAGUGUUUUCCCAUAGGGAGGCUGAAAAGGAAGCUUUUGAAGAGGCAGAAAAAGUGAGAAAAGCAAAAGAGGAAGAGGAAGCUCAAAGAUCAAGAGAGGAAGGUGAGAGGAGGAGACGAGAAAGGGGUAGGGACAGACACCGGGACAGAUACAAGAGGCGCUAUCACCAUGAUUAUAUGGAUGACGAUCAUGAUGAACUUUAAUUUGGUGUUAAGACCAUAUACUACAUUUUCCAGCAUGGAGACAGAUACAUUUGGGUUUAUUGUGUUCCUCUUGUUGUAUUUUGCUCUUAUUGUAGCUGUAUUUUUGCAAAACACUAAGGUGUUAGAUAAGAAGUGCAUUUGUAUCUCUAAAACUAUUAAUUAUAUUUGAAAGUUGAGUGUCAAA